AUGGCAAGUACGCUGCUGGGAUGCGACGAACUCGACGAGACGGCAAGCGAUGACAAAAGGAGAUUGCACUACAUUCGCUUCCUCGUCGGUGGUCCCGUCGCUCCACUCUACAAGAACAAUGGACUCGAGCGCGUGUCGGUGAACCUGUCCAGCGCUUAUGGCAUACUCUCGUUUGUGCUGAGGCCAAUGGUGAUCUAUCGAAGCAUCUCGAUUACAUGGGAUGUGCUCGUGCAUGGCGCCGAUUGGACGCAAGAGCUGUACAACUUGCCAACCACGACGAUGGCAUUGACAGUUGCCGCAUACGUCCUUGCGUUGGUCUUCCGUGGCCUGGGACGCUAUUCCAACCCGGUCUACCGCGAAUUCAUGAGCGUAUUUCGCAAGGCUCAGACCGAGAAGCCGUUGACUUCUGCCACUCGCGCUGCCCUUGACACGUUCGACUACGACUGGUCCACGCGUGCAGCGGACUAUGAAUAUGUGACUUCUGCUGACGAGUCAAAGGCCAAGGUCGCCCAUGUUCGGCAUACCGGUGUGCCCAAGUUCACUUUGGCCAUGAUUUUCAACCCGAGGCUGUUUGUCCACUACAUGGUAGCAACAAGCAUUGGCAUUCGUGCCAUGUACCCCGGAACCACUGCGCCGUUUAAGGCGAUGGUUGGUCAAAUGUUGUGUGAAGGACGCAAUCGCCUCAUCACAACAGAAAAUGGCCGUCGCAACAAGCUGCUGGCUGCCGACGGCAACGCCAUUGACACGAUUUUCCUCGACCGCCGCCCAGCAAGCACUCAGAAUGGAAGCGUCCUGGUCAUUGCAUGCGAGGGAAAUGGCUCGUUCUACGAAAUGGGCGUUUCCGACACUGCUCAGCAGCUGGGCUACUCGGUUCUUGGCUGGAAUCACCCCGGCUACGGCGCUAGUACCGGCAUGCCAUAUCCAUCUGCCGAAAAGAAUGCCAUCGACGUCGUCAUGCAGUUCGCCCUCGACAAGCUCGGGUUUGCGCCGCAGAAUAUUCUGUUCUAUGGCUGGUCGAUCGGUGGCAUGACCGCCUCGCAUGCAGCAAGCCAGCAUCCGGGAAUUCGCGGCGUGAUCAUUGACGCGUCCUUCGAUGACAUGGCCGAGCUUGCGCCGUACCACAUGCCACCAAUGCUUGACUCCCUCACACGUUCAACAGUUCGGCAAUACUUGCACAUUCAAGUUGCCCAGCAGGCGUGCAAUUAUGACGGCCCUAUUCUGCUCUAUCGGAGGGCCGACGAUGAGAUGAUGUGCAACCGACGCGCCCCGACACUGGCGUCCAACCGCGGCAACCACCUUCUCAAGGCCAUCUUGCUAAAGCGCUACCCAGGGCUCAUCCAUGUGCCUACCCUCGACCGGUACCUGUUUGAGUGCGACAGCUUGGAGGCUUGCAGUGAGUUGCAGCAAUCCCUUCACCCGAAUGAGAUUGAGUGCAACGGCUGGCUCGCCGAGGAGCAGCGUCAGCAUGGCAGCACGCCAGCUGCGCGCCGUGCCUGGGGCACCGGUUUGUCCACCGACAAGCGCUGUCAGCUCACGCUGCACAUGGUCAACUACCACUUGAUCAACAUUCCCACGUCUCAUUGCCCUCCCUUGCCGCGGCGCAUGUGGCGCGAGCCCUGGCGUGGUCCCGACAACUCGGCCACAUUCAACGCGGCGCUCACUGCACCUGUUGACAAUCCCACCGAUCCCGCCUUCAUGCAAGAUGUGAUGGAUGCCGCCAUGACCGAUUUGCAGUAA